CCUCUGCCUCAUCUUUCAUUUUCUCGGAUAUAUAUUUAGCCAUCAAACAUCAUUAUUGUCCAUAAACAUGCUGCUAACAUUCGCAUGUUUUUGAUCAUUGUUUUUGUUGCUGUUGUUGUUGUUAUGGUUAUUUAAUACAACGCAUCCAACGAUCCAGAAAGAUUAAGAAAAACGAAGAAUCGAUCGAAAAUGCCGUUAUUUCGUCAACAAUUACUUACACAAGAUCCAAGAUACCGUUAUAUUGUAACGUUAUGUAAUUAUUUUCUUGCUACAUUAUUUUUGGGCAUGAUUGUAUUGUUAUCGGGUGUUAUGUUGAUGACAUAUGUUGAACAGAAAAAGAAUCAAGAUAAAUAUGAUCAUGAAAGAGUAUCAUUUGCACAAAUACUUGGCGUUAUAUUAUUGAUCGGUGGUUGUCUAUUUUUUUUGGCUUCAUUUAUCGUAUUCAUUGUUGCAUCGGUUAUGUAUGUUCGUACACGUUCGGAACCACCACCAACAAUGGAAACACAAGAAUCAGAUAAUAGCGAGCGAGCUGGAACAGUACAAUCAUCGGGUGAUGCAUAUGGUGCUGUAUCAACAAUUCCAGCUUAAUUCAUUAAUAUUCGAUUAAAAUCAUAAAAAAUGACCAAAAAAAAA